AUGUAUUUAGUCACUCUAUCCAACUUGCCUAUGUAUGAUUACUCUGGCUAUGGACAAUCAACUGGAAAGCCCACUGAAUGCAAUACAUAUGCAGACAUUGAUGCAGCGUAUAAAUGCCUCAAGGAGAAAUAUGGUGUUAAAGAUGAACAAUUAAUAUUAUAUGGUCAAUCUGUUGGGAGUGGUCCAACCAUUGACCUUGCUUCUCGUGUACCAAACUUGAGAGGUGUGGUUCUACAUAGUCCAAUCCUUUCUGGUCUGAGAGUAUUAUACCCUGUCAAAAGGACUUAUUGGUUUGACAUUUAUAAGAAUAUAGACAAGAUUGGUAUGGUGAACUGUCCGGUUCUUGUAAUUCAUAACUUUUCAGCUCAGUCAUGUUCAGAUAUGCAGCAUGGUACAGCAGAUGAAGUAGUUCAUUACUCACACGGAAAGCAGCUUUGGGAGCUGUGCAAGGAAAAGUAUGAACCCUUAUGGCUGAGCGGGGGUGGACAUUGCAAUCUUGAGCUCUAUCCUGAGUUCAUUAAACACCUGAAGAAAUUUGUACUUGCACUUGGUAAAUCAAAAUCGGCCUCAACUGGUUCCAAGCAAGCAACAAAAGACUCCGUCAAUCAGAGCAAGCAAUCUGAAAAUGGGAAGUCUGAAGCAUUUGAAUUACGCCCUGAACUUCCAGAAGUUUCUAGAAACAGUUUAGAUAGUCGAUUAGACAAGUCCAAGAAGACAGAGAAGAACAAGCCCGAAAAAUCUCGGAUGAGCACUGACCGUGUUGACUGGUUUAGAAGGAGAAAGGGCUUAGUCUGGUGA